AUGCACAUCACCCAGCUCAACCGGGAGUGCUUGCUGUGCCUCUUCUCCUUCCUGGACAAGGACAGCAGGAAGAGCCUCGCCAGGACCUGCUCCCAGCUCCAAGAGGUGUUUGAGGACCCCUCCCUCUGGCCUCUGCUGCACUUCCAUUCCCUCACAGAGCUCAAGAAGGACAACUUCCGGCUGGGCCCUGCACUGCGCAGCCUGUCCAUCUGUUGGCAUUCCAGCCGUGUGCAGGUGUGCAGCAUUGAGGACUGGCUCAAGAAUGCCUUCCAGAGGAGCGUCUGCAGCCAGCAUGAGAGCCUGGUUAAUGAUUUCCUCCUGCAGGUGUGCGACAGGGUGAGAGGAUGA